AUGUACUUCAGCGUAUGGACUGGAAAAGUGACUGCCCCGGCGUCUGGAGUUUCUGACCGCCGAGUCAGACACUGCGGUCUCUUCGUCAGCACAAUUAUUGAGGAACUUAAAGGGGCAAGUCUCCUUUCAAAUGAGGUCAAGGUACCUUUUGAUGUUAUGUCCCUUUGUUCUUCUGUUCCCCUGGAUCUGCGGACCGGGAUGAUUAAACCGCUACUGGAAAGUGAAUACGAUGGAAAGAAAAAUCGACUUGAACACGCCCAAGUCCCUCUGCUCCUGAAGUCCUGUCUCAAGGCGUACUACACGUUUGACGAGACACCCUAUAUAGAGGCGAAACAGACACCUGCGGUUACGGACAAAGCAACUACGUCGGAGAAAUCGCAAGACUGCUCCGAAUGCGAAUGGCCGAACGAGCAGCAGCAGUUUGGAGGAAUGACGCCAGCUCUUAGGUUAUGGCUCAUUCUACGAGAUCCAGCAACACGUUCUAAUUUGACGAGGCCGAAAUUCUCGUCAAUGAUGUGAUUUCGCCUAGGAGGAGUAAUUGGUCAGGCAGGCAGCGCCCAGAUGAACACUGUUCCCAACGUCAGGGUUGGAGGAGCAGAUGGUCGAGCAAUCAUCACACUAAAAUUCAACACACGUGAUGCAAUUGUAACCAUUAACAGCUCGAGCUUCGAUCACCAAACAGUCAUCACAUCAAGUGCAACAAUCCUUGAUGAAGGGGAGAGGGAGCGUGAACUGACAUAGGUAUGCGGUACCAUGGCGACGACAUCUUGUAAAUACUGCAGUCCUUUCGGGAUGAACUACCUGUGUGUGUUAUUGUCUCUGCUGAUGGGUUAGUGUAAGAAUCCGAAGCAUCGGACAAAUAAAACUCUUUUUCCAGAUGUCAUGUCUCUUUCUUUAGGGUUAAUUUGGUUUUAAUUUGUUUUAGUGAUCGCUACCCUAAGUUAAUAUAAAUGUUAUUGGCUGCUGAUAACAUGCCUUUGACCAUUCAAUUUCAUUGUCUGCGAUUAGGUAUAAACGGUCUUUUUUGGUUAAAAGUAGGCUUCGGAUAUAACUGUUGACUAUAUCGACAUGUUUUUUUAAGCUUACAGAGCAAUUUCUGAAGACAGGCCCGUCGCAGCCUGCAAGACCAUGACUUGAGAGUUUGCAAAUGUAUAUUUUGUCUGAAAAAAGUCUGCUGUUAGUGCUUUUUUAAUCCUGAGUACUUAUCCCAAACUGUGUUUGAGUCAUCUACUGCUUAUUUUUUCGAACUCAACACUAGAAGUAGAAGGAGUGCCUAUAGAAAGCCCCCUAUUAGCCAAAGUCGUCAUUAAUUUCGUAGCUUUCUUUAACCGAAGCUGAACAGAUCGAAAGUCUAUAUCAUCUGUACCCCCUAUGCCAUGGGGAAACGAGUUCUUAUCAAAAACCAAUUAAAACACGAAGCUGAACUAUCCACCCCACGAUCGUCAUAUCAUGCUUUCAGCCGCUCGAGUAUACAUGAUUGGCAGAUACAUGGAAAUUCAACUGACCGUAUGCCUCAUUUUUCGUAUAGUGCAAUAGGUACACGGGAUGCUUUAUUUCCGCAUGUAGAAUCCGCAAGUCUUUUUCUGAUUUGGAGGGUAUAAAACACGUUUUAGUAUUUAACGUCUUUAACGAGUGACCUGAUUUGAGUACUGGUAACCACUUUCGUUCGUUAAAACGUCCUGAGAGAUACCAUCUUCAUCAAUAAGACUGAAAGAAAUAGACUCUGGUGCAACUUUCUUACGUACCUCGAGUUCUCCGGACUGCGAGGAAAGGUAGGCAGUGUGUUACCAGAAAAAAACAAGCUAGUAUCACAUGCGAUUCCAUUUCAAAAUUAUGCAGCCCCGAGUUUUGUUUUCAGAGCAAACAAUUGGUUCCAGAGGCGUUAUUGAAAUUUUUCAGACUGCCAUUUUGCAUAAAGUCCUAUUCCAAUCAACUUAAUAACCAAAUAAAACUUGUGUCAUUGUGAUAUAAAUUCUAUCUGAUUUUGAGUUCUGCCGUUUCAGGUGGUCCUGGCAAAUUAUGGACAGCCGUCGAGGGUUGAGGGAAAGUGGACAGACACAGCUGCUUGCGUUCGAAGUCCCCUGAGAAUUAGGUUAAGCAUGGGAAAAUUUUCAAGCAGGCCUCUAUAACCACCAAAGUCCAUUAAAUUAUGUCUUCAGGCAUUAUGAUUACCAAAUCACCUCUACACUGCUAAUGCGAUAAUUUUUUUGGCUUCCAUCACAAUGCAAGCGUGAAAUGAAUAUUUCCGGCAAACGCAGACCAGAUAUAUCUUCAGCUAUUUUCUGUUUCGUAGCAUGACGGAACAAAGUGAGGACAGUGAAUGCCCUUUAUUUUUCUGUGUAAUCUUGAAGCUGUCGCUUUGGACUAUAACUUCUGAGGCAGACUAACUUGGUAACCUAACAAUUAGCAAAUCGUUUGGCAAUUUUUGCAGCUUCAAACACGCAAAAUUCAUACAAACCACUUGUUGAUUUUUAAGCACUGAUUUUACGUCAGCAAAAGUGAUCGUUUUUGGAUUUUGGUUACUUAGCAGAGGAGACUUCAAAAGACAUGUCUCUCCAGAUGCCCGAAAUAUUUCCCUAAAAUUUCGCCUUCGGUGGCCGUUAUCAGCAGUCUACUUAUAAUUCCGAGAAAAAAAUAAAGUACCGGUUUUGGCAUUUUAAAUACUGGGUAGGCACUUUGUCCUUUAACAGGUUUCGCCGAAGCUAUAAAUUUUUGUGCCAUUUCUGUAUCUAAAAAGGCAACGUAUAGAAUCUUGACUUUAAUUGGGAAAUCUUCCAACCGUGAUAUCGACAAGACGCAGUCUAAGGUCAUAAAUAUAGCGGGUGCCAGCGGUGUUAUCUGUUGGUGGAGAAAGAUAAAAUCCGCAAAUUCUGAGUCUCGGAGUGAAAAAUAACCUAAAAAAUUUGAAGCAGUAUUUCACUGAGGAAUUCUAAAAGAGACAAAGGUUCUGAGAGAAAGGCCAUAAUAAUCCUACGUCUCAAAAAAUCUCCGUCAGUUGCACAGUCGUUAAUGUCCGUUAAUUUUAAGCACAAGAUAGCGUGGAACUAAGGCAAGCAUGUUAAAAUCUUAAAACAAGGCAAAGAUCGUAGGCAGCUGAAUAUGAGUUGAUGAUAGCAUUUAAUUCUGUAUAAGUCGCAAAUGGUGCCUUAACUUAGGCAAAGUUAUACUAAGAAAAAAAUAUUCGGCUUCAGCUCAGGGCGUACAUAUGGUUUAUGUUAUAUUUUUCGAAGUCCAAAAAACUCAGAAAUCGGACAAUCAUUAUUUUCAGAGAUUUGCUUCCUUCAACGAGAGCGGCCGUUCUUGCUGCCUUUUGGGCUUCAGUAGAAAAAAAUGAAAGCUUUAUUCACAGUAAUUAAAACUUUUAUAAUUUUUUAAGUGCCAUUUCAUCCCUAUUAUCUUUUUCUUUCGGAAAUUAACGUCAGACUCAAAGGCCUGGCCGGUCCUUUCGAGGCCUCCGUUUCUUAUUAAGUACCACCUAUCUUUCAGUCCUUAGAGGACUGUGAUUUGACGGCCCCGAACACUGCUUAAUAUGAUUAAAUUAAAAGUAACGUGAAAGUCUGGCUCGUCAACCCGGCAUCUGUGCCCAAAGAGCAAUUUCCAAACGCAACCCACACGCUAGUGCAUCCGUUUUUUGAUGAAAAAACACUGGACUUAAAGCUCAAUGACUAAGGAGCACGACUUUAAGUCCGGAAUUGUCCAGGACGAAAGCUGAGAUGUGAGUGUCUAGCGAUAGCAACUAUGCCAAAAAUGCCCGUGCUACUACCUUAUCAUUUUGCUGGUAUUUUGGUGAGUAAUAACUAAUCAUACAGGGUAUAUCCGAUCUCAUGAAAUGUUUUCCAAAAUUGUGGAAUGCGUUUCCGAUUUGGAAGGAUUACUUAGGUGGAGUUGUAACACUGAUUAGCAUGCAGCAUAAUCUUAUAGCAUUUCUGAUCCAUCAGAAUGUCGGCUUGUGAAUGCACUUUUUCUUGACCUACAGAAACCACACUCAGUAAAAAUGGCAUUCAUUUUUCACAACGAUUUUCGGUGGUCUUAUAAAUUCAGAUGCAUUUUAUAGAAAACAUGCACAAAAUAUGCUUUUUUCAAUUCUUUUGGUAGAAGAUCACAUUAUUUUCAUAUUUUAUACCCUAAGAAAGUGUAUCUUUAGGUUUUAACAAAGCUUCCCAAUUCCCGAAUAAUUUUGAGCCUGAUCUGCCAUUGUUUAGCGAUUUCAGUCUGCAAGGUGUAUGCUUCCCGUUUAAGGAAAAUCAUAUAUUCCUCUAUGCUUUUUAGAAGAUGCUACAUAGAGUUCAAAAAAUUUUGCGAUGGGUCCGGACUGUGUUGUACAUUUUAUGAGCAGCAUUGCUAAACGGACAUGUGCGAAGUCGUAUGAUUGGGCAUCGCACGGCCAUAAUUAGAAACUUUUAAAAACCUCGCCUUUUCAAUACCUGCGCCUGAUUGUCAGACAGAAGGAACUUAUGUGAUUAUUUGCCGUACUAACGACAAAAAUAUUAGCUAAGAGCCAAGACACGCAUGUUUUGCCGAUCUUGUGCCGCUGCCUAGCGCAGCUGCGAGGGGUUCGGCUCAUCAGUGGGUCUCCCAGCUUUCCCCGUGCGUUUUCUGGUGUAUGAGCUUCAAGAACUUACCUGAAAAACAUGACGAAACAGGGGAAAAUGACUUUCUUGAGUAAUUUUUGCCCCGGAACGUACUGCUCUCCCGUCGGCAACACUGUUAAGUAAUUAAUCCGCAAUAUGUGGUUUUGUAGCCUCAUUUGAUGGACACAAUACUGUUGAGGUUGGGGUUGGGGUUAGGGGUUAUGGUUAGGGGUUAGGGCAACUAUUCCUCAACCACUCAAGGUACAACCGCACAUCCCCAAUGGCUGUUCUUUUGCAUACAACUGCCUGAUCUCAUCGUCUGUGCGUCUCCCGGCUCCACCUGUAAAAACCCCUCUUACCACCCGUAACGUAUUGCAGAAGACUAGGGUUUGUUUACUUCAGGUGCGGCUUUAUAACCACAUCUGACCCAGUACUCUUCCUGAAAAAAUUCGGAAACGAGAGUCCAGAUAAGCCAAUCUCAUUUUAUUAGUUGAGGAAUGCUCGACACCCGCUCAUGUGAAAAAUCAUCACAUUGCAAAAGCGUUCAUUGUUUUUUCCUCUGCGAGUGGUAUCAUUUCCACGGCUAUCGAUCUGGUCGCUAUGUAAUCGCCUGCGCGGGCUCUAGAUGGAGUCGCAAGGCAAAGCGAAGCGAUCGCAUGCGUAUGCCGAUCAAUGGGCGUCCCUCCACGAUAUAUAUAGGUAGGAGAAUCGACAAAGUCAGGGGAGACUGGAAUGAUCGUUUAUAAUUUAAUAUUCACUUUAGCCAACCAUACUAAGGAUUAUAGUCCAGGUUCAGGGCGUUUACCAAUCUAACGCCCUGCCAUUGAGCCGCGGGCCCUAUUCCCUGUCGGUUGUGGUCGGGCACAACCACUUUGGUGGAUAGAGGCAAGUGGUUUAAUGUUCAGUGUUCAAAGGGUCCGACUUCGAAUCCCAGGCUAUGCAAACCUAGGGCUUUUAUGAUUGGCCGACGGCGGUUAACAAGUCGCAACUUGCUAUCCUAGUCCCUCUUUGUUUAUACAGUUAGUUGUCAUUAAAUGCCAUUCUGCGAGGACUGUAGACUGGGCCGCAAGGCACAGCUGCACGAGUAUGCGCGUUAACUGACCGGUGAACGCCCUUCACAUGAUAUAGAAAAUCGAAAAGAAACUCACUUCCCUUGUUAUAUCAACUUCCAUGAGACAGAACGAUAUUCGCGAUCAAUAAAUUUUCUGAUCCAAUUUUUUUGCUAGUGUUCUUUUUUAAACUUAUGCCUGAAGAAGUUUUGACGACGAUAACUGUCUUCUGGAAGAAGAUUUUUCUACGAACUAAACCUUCAGUAGAAGCUUCCUUUUUAAUGGUUGAUUUGAGGGUUCAGCUGAAUUAUGGAAAAGCAGAUAUCCCAUUUUUCUCAUAAUCGAGAGCAGACAUGAAAAUAGAGAAGUUUACUUGACUCUUUAGCGAGGAUUUAGCGGGGUUUGGAUACAGAACAACCUGAAACCAACACUGCAGUGCCACAAGGCUGCAAAAAACGCCAUGGGAGUGUUGCAUGCAAUAAGAAGGGCUUUCGUAAAUUUUGACCAAGACCUUUUUGGGAGAGUUUACGGCACAUUUGUUCGGCCCCACUUAGAAUAUGGCAUACAAGCAUGGCGGCCAUGGCUGGUAAAGGACCAAGAAUGCCCCGAACGGGUACAACGGCGUGCAACAAAGCUGGUAAACGGUCUAAAAAGCCAUUCCUACACAGACAGACUGAAUUGCCUUAAUUUAUUCCCUCUGUGUUACAGGCAGCAAAGAGGUGAUCUUAUCCUCGUCUACAAGAUAAUACAUGGCCUUGAGUAUGGACUUAAAUUUGAGGACAUGUUUCAGUGGCACCUUUCACCCAAUCUUCGUGGUCACCCGAUGAAGUUACGGACAACAAUGUCCAGGCUGAAUCUCCGUUCUGAAUUUUUCACGCAGAGGGUAGUGGAGAAAUGGAACGAUCUCCCUCAGUCAGUCGUGGAGGCUACAUCCCUGCAACUCUUCAAGAAACGCUUGGAUGAUUAUUUGUGUCCCCUGUUUUCCCUCGACGGUCUGAAUCUGAACUAA